UGUCCUACAAAUACAAUACCAUUCACCUCUUUUAAGGAAUAAAAUCUGGUCACUUUUUUUUUUUUGCAUUUUCUACUUGCCAACACAACACUACCCCUAAUUCUUUGACUUUACCAUAUAUAUCACUAAGUUCCAUAGAUCAAAAGGGUUCUUUCAAGUUUCCAACUUUUGAAUUCUAACACUCAAAAAACCAUAAAACUCAAUGGCUGAUGACAACAACAGAGGCUCCUCUGCUUUGGAUGGUUUCACUCUGAAUCCUCUGCCUUAUCCUGUUCUGUUAAUCUUAGCAGUGAUCUUCAUCUUCCUUGGUACUUCAUGGUACUUUUCUUAUGAAGAAGUUGUUGAAACUGCUCAAGAACAAUUGGGUUGGGUUUUAUUUGUUGUACCAAUCGUGCUUAUACUUAUAGUUCGUUUGGUUUCAUCAAUGGAAGAUUCAGGUUGGUUUUCUGGUGGUUCUGGUUGGGAAAGGCGCAGGACAACACAAGAAAGCACCUCUGGAGGGAGUUCUCCUUGGGGUGUGGCUGCUUUGAUUGUUGUUUUGUUGAUAUUGGUGCAGUUUCAAUCUGUGUUUCUUGAUAGUUGGUUUUAUUGAUUUGGUUUUUGUGUUUUUAUUUCUAUAGGUUGGUUUGGUUUUAGCUGGUUUUGUUUUUAGUUUCAACUAACUAUAUGAACCUAAGUAUUUAGAUGAAGAAAGGAAGGUGUUGUAUAUUUCCUUCUAAAUGAUAGCAAAGUAAAGAUGCAACUGAUAUUUUCGUAACUUUUUAUUAGUAAAGAGGUUUUCUAUUUGCAUAA